ACUUUUUGGCACGACACCGGGCUGCUGCUGCUGCUGCUACUAAGUCAUUGAUUUACAGUUUGUAUACUAGUUUUGUACUCGUAGUUAAAUUGGUGAAUAAGAUCAUGCUAGAGAACUUCCGUCGAGCGUUUGUUUUCUUGUUUUGAAGGGUCGGUCACUGUUCGUGUUACUCAACAGCUUGUGUAACACAGUUCCUAGCAUUGUUUGCUAGCUGGUAGCAUUAGCUUAACGGAAGUGAAUAGAUGUUUCUGUGUAGCUAGGUAAUUAGCUGUCUUUCUUAGCAAGUCAGUGUCAGUAAGUAUAUUUGUAAAUGUUUUCCCAAGUGAGAGCACGUCUGGUCCCUGGUCUGACCAGACUCUGUGGUGGUUUAAACUCAAAUGCGGCAAUAAAAGUUGCACCUGCCCUCUGCAGACACCAGCAUCACACCUCCAGCCCUGGCUCUGCAGGUGUCAAGGUGCUGUAUGAUGGGCUUUGUCCCAUAUGUGUAACAGAGAUCCGAUUUCUCCAGUUUCUGCAGAGAAACCAGCCUGGGAAAGUAGAUUUUAUUGAUAUCUCCCUGCCAGGAUAUGAUGGAGAAAAAUACAAGAAUGUCAGCUAUGAGAUGGCCAUGGAGGAAAUGCAUGUAAUUGAUGAAAAAGACGAGGUUCACCGUGGGGUCCCAGCGUUUGCAGUCAUGUACAGUGCAGUGGGCCUUGGCUUUGUAGGUCGCCUUAUGAUGUCUUCACCUGUGAGACCAUUCAUGGACAAGUCUUAUGCCAUCUUUGCCAGAAAUCGCUUGAAGUGGACCGGACGCGGGGAGGAGUGCACCGCGGGACGCUGCGAAAAGAAAACGCAUUAAAUAUAUUUAAUAAUUUAAUUUAUCGAGAAGAACUGGAAAAUACCUCAUGGUUUAUCCUGUUCAAUCAGUUUAUUAUGAACCUGUCUAGAAAAGGUUUAAAGGCUGUUUUUGAGUAAAAGGAAAAUAUUGUCUGCCUUAUAAAUUUGCAUGCUGUGAAGCCAUAAUUUGAUGUAAAAUUUUCUUGUGAAAUGGAAUAAACCUACCUCUGUUAAAGUGAUUAAAAAAAUAAUUAAAAUGAUCUGAAAAUCAUGCCAGUGAUAUAGAUAGUCAUAAAAAGAUAAUAGCAAAAACAGGAUUUUCCAUCAUACCGAAAAUGGCCUGAAUAUUCAAAAUUGAUGUGUAAUGUAAAGCAUCAUAUUGACAUAUGACAAAGUAUUUAGUUAUUUUUUAUUAUUUAACUUUAAACUGCUCAAUCUGACCAAUAACACCAUUUUCUCAGAAUAUGUAUCAGUAUCCUCAACAUAUAGAACGCUGAGGUUUUAACAAUAACCAACAUGUUGCACAUUAUGUUUUAGUGUUGGUGCACAAGACAGAGCGUUAUGGAGUACUGUAUACAACACUGUCAUAGUAUGACAAAUAUAAACAACU